AUGGGGAACACUAAACAUGUAUAUUUUGUGGCUGCACUAAUUGCAUAUCUUUUAAUGUUAUCUUUUAAUCUCUCUUUAAUUCUGCUGAUAAUUUUGGAAAAAAGCCUUCAUGAGCCCAUGUACAUUUUUCUAUGCAAUUUAUUGAUCAGUGCUCUCAUUGGCUCCACAACUUUUUAUACAAAAUUAUUGAUUGACCUCCAAACAGAUGUUCCAGUAGUUUCUCGUUCAGUUUGUUUUACUCAAAUUUUUUUUCUUUAUGUUUAUUUCGCUGUUGAAAUUACGAUUUUAACUGUCAUGGCAUAUGAUAGGUUCAUAGCAAUAAAUGCUCCACUAUUAUACAGUACUAUCAUUUCAAAUACAAAAGUGGCAAUGUUAAUGUUUCUUGCUUGGAUAUAUCCAAUUACUGGUAUAAGUAUUUUGGUGUCCCUUUCUAGUAGUCUCCAAUUAUGUGGAAAUACAAUUAACACAGUGUACUGUAAUAAUUGGGAAAUUGUAAAGUUAUCUUGUACAGACACUAGUGCUAAUAAUAUUUAUGGAUCUGUGGGUUUCGUAUUUGAAUCAACAGAGAGCCGAAUGCGUUUAAAAAGAACAUCAGACUUGGUCAAUACCAUUGCUUCUUUAGAGUUUGUCAUAAUUCCCCCUCUUUUAAACCCUUUGAUAUAUGGAAUGAUUUUACCUGAAAUACGCAGAAGAGUCACUUACAUUUUUUCAGGCAAAAAACAAACACUACUGGGCCAAUAA